AUGGGCGAUUACCGGGUGCGCGUGGCCACAGGCUCCUUCCUGGGCUCGGGGACCUGGGACAACGUGUCGGUGAGCCUCGUGGGAGUCGCAGGCGAGAGUCCGAUCCUUCGCCUAGACAACUGCGGGAAGGACUUCAGCCUGGGCGCGGAGGAGGACUUCGAGGUGACGCUCCGCCAGGACGUUGGCGCAGUGCUGCUGCUGCGCGUGCGCAAGGCGCCCCUCGCGCUGCCCCGCCCUCUUGGGCCACUGGCCCCAGACGCCUGGUUCUGCCGCUGGUUCCAGCUGUCGCCGCCGGGGGGUGCCCGGCUCCUCCGCUUCCCCUGCUACCAGUGGCUGGAGGGGGAGAGGAGCCUGGUGCUGCGGGAGGGGGCAGCUAAAGUCAUCUGGCAGGACAGCCACCCUCUGCUUCAUGCCCAGCGCCAGGCAGAGAUUAAGCAGAGGCAGCAGGAAUACCCGUGGAGUGAGUUUUUCCCAGGGUUACCCCACUGCCUGGAUGUUGAAAAUCUCAAGGAACUUGAUCCCACCUUGCGCUACUCGGUCACCAAGGAACUCAACCAGAAAUUCCACCGUGCUUCCCUGAACGUGGUCCUGAAGCUGAAGGGACUCCUGGACAGUCAGCGGCCCUGGAAAAGCCUGGAAGAGAUCCGACGUAGUUUCAUCUUCCCCAAAUCUCAAGUGUCAGGUCUGCAAUGUGAGGAAGGCUAUGGCAGGGCCAGAGGGUCAUCAGUGGUCACCUCGUGA